CGCUGACCCAAGCCAGACGCCGGCCAUGGAGAAGAGCCGGCAGCAGCAGCAGCAGCACCAGCUCCCCCCGACGGCGGCCAAGAGCCUGGCCGUGGCGCGGGGCAACAUGCUGAACGCGCCCAAGCCCCUGGCCUUCUCCAUCGAGCGCAUCAUGGCCAGGUCGGGCCCCGAGCCCCAAGCCCUGCCGCUGCUGCCCCACUUCCUGCAAGGGGGAGGCGGGACCCCCAAAGCGGCUGCAGCCACGGCGGCGGAGCACCUGAAGCCGCCGCAGCAGCAGCAGCAGCAGCAGCAACCGGCGUUCAGCCUGGGGCCCUCCAUCCCCUGCAUGAUCCCCUUCGUGCCGCUGGCUUACGAGCCCUUCGCCAAGGUGGGCUCCGAGCCCAGGAAGCCCCCCCUGGAGCCGCCUUCCUCCUCUUCCUCCGCCUCGUCCGCCCUGAGCUGCCCGCUCAGCCUCAAGCCCCAGGCCGCCGAGGCCUCGCUCACCUUGCCGCAGCAGCCGCCCCACUACAAGCUGGUUCGGCCGCGGGUGAUCAAGCACUCCUCCUUCCACGCCCUGGGCGCCCUGAGCUACUUCAGCCGGGCGGCGGAGCCUCAGCCGCAGCCGCCGGGCCUGAGCCUGCACCCGGUGGCCUCCUAUUUCCUGGGCUCGUCGCUGCCGGCGCCUGCCUUGCAAGACUCGACGGCGCCCAAGUCCUACCUGGCCGAGCGCAACAAGCUGCAGGCGCUGCCGUCCGGGCCGGAGAAGUUCUCCCAGGCAGCCUUCAAGGACCUGGCACAGGCCCAGCUGCACAACGCCGCCGCCGCCGCCGCUGCCGCCGCCGCCGCCGCCGCGGCUCAUCUCCUGGCUUCGGAGAAGCUGCCCUUCAAAGGGGUGCCGUCCGACUUCAGCCGCGGCUCGCCCAGCGCCAAGCCCAAAGUCUUCACCUGCGAGGUCUGCGGCAAGGUCUUCAACGCGCACUACAACCUGACGCGCCACAUGCCGGUGCACACGGGCGCCCGGCCCUUCAUCUGCAAGGUCUGCGGCAAAGGCUUCCGCCAGGCCAGCACCCUCUGCCGCCACAAGAUCAUCCACACCCAGGAAAAGCCCCAUAAGUGCAACCAGUGCGGGAAAGCGUUUAACCGGAGUUCCACGCUAAACACCCACACGCGGAUCCACGCGGGCUACAAACCUUUCGUCUGCGAGUUCUGCGGAAAAGGCUUUCACCAAAAAGGGAACUACAAGAACCAUAAGCUGACCCACAGCGGUGAGAAGCAGUUCAAGUGCACCAUUUGCAACAAGGCCUUCCACCAGGUCUACAACCUGACCUUCCACAUGCACACCCACAACGACAAGAAGCCCUUCACCUGCCCCACCUGCGGGAAAGGCUUUUGCCGGAACUUUGACCUCAAGAAACACGUCCGCAAACUGCACGACAGCGGCGGGAGCGGAGGCGCCUCUCUGGGGCUCCCUCGCGGCGGCGGCGGCAGCAGCGAACCGGACCUUCCGCCGCCGCCGCUGCUUCACCGCCCGUGAAGCCCCCCUGGGCGCGCCCUUCCUCCCCGGCUGCGCUAACCCCCCCCCCGGCCUCUCGCACUCGCUCCUGAGGAAGCCGCGCUGGUGCUGGCAGAAGCAGCGGGACUCCGUGAACUUUGGCUCCUUGGUGGUUGUCAGGGGGAGCAAAAAGACUGCAACCUCCCCCUCCCCACGAUUUGUCGGAGGGCGACGCUCCGGGCAUGUAUUUAUUGAGCCUUGCCAGAUCCAAGCCGCAGCCCACUUUGUAACCCGGAGGGAUCUCUCUCUCUCUCUCUCUCUCUCGGUUGUUCCUGCAUGUGUGUGUGUGCGUGUGUGUGUCCCCCGUGUGUUUGGAGCAGCAAGGCUGACUCUGCGGGCUGGCGGUGCUUGAGCUCACCCGAUAAGGAGAGGGGGUGCUGGUGACAAAAUGUAGAAUGUCAGACUGCAUGUCUUUCCGCGUGGUCUCCUUUCCCGUCUCCUUUCCUUUCCCCAGAGAGAUUUUGCAGCCGGUAGGAAGCAAUUGGAGAGGCCCGCGCGCGCUUAGGAAGGAAGCACUUUCGACUCUAGUUUUCUUUUCAAGUAUCAAUUAUUUCCAAGUGUUCGGAGCUGUCUAAGAAAGGAAAAGGUGGAGCGGUGGGAUCCUCCGGAUACCCGAAGUCCAGAGUCUCUUUUCAUCUGGCCAGGAACUGAGGAGGCUCCUGAGCUGGCCCUUGGGAGUUUGCUGUCCCCCAGAAGCCUUUCCCUGGAAGCAAAUACUUCGGGCAUCCUAACCCCCGGGGGUGGGGGGUGAGGAGCUUCGCAGUCACUAGCGAAGGGAACCCCCUCCUCCCUAGAAAGAAGCCCCCGUUUGGUCCUUCCAAAAACCUGGUCCUGGAUCCAGAAGGAGAGCAAAAUCACUGCCAAUUUGAUAGAACCCGGAAAGAGAAAUUUGUUCCCGGUUCUCUGAAUUUCCUGGGUCGAUCUCGUUCUGUCAAUCGGUUUAUCCCGAUACCCGAAUGCGGAUCUCGCUGGACUCCCUUGAACAAACGGACUCUUUUAAAGGGUGCGGUGAACUCCUGAAGGAGCCCUUUUCCCGAAACGUUGCGCCUCUAGAUAAAAGGGGUUCAUUAGAAAAGGGGCUACCGGGCCCCUCUUGAUUUUGAUGCCCCCAUGGGCCAAGAAGAUGCUUUUUUCAAACGAAGCUGAACCAUAAGGGCGCCCACCUCCCCCCCCCUUGCCGGCCGAUCUCCUUGGCCGCUCCGUUUAUUAGCUUGAGGAUCCCGGCAGAUUCCCCGCGCAUCGGAAAGGGCUGACCUAAAAGGCCAAUCCAAAAGGAAAAAGGGAGAAAUCGCGAUAGGCUUCUAGUCUGGGGGGUGGGGGGGCGUCCCUUCUGAUGCAUCCCUUUCCCACCGAGGACAGUCCCGAAGUUUUUCCCUGGACCGCAUGUGUGAAUGGAGGCGUGCGCGGGUUUGUGUGUCUUUACCUACUUUUGUCACUAAAGACCGUGAAAGUACAGGGGUCUCCAAUCGUGGCAACUUUAAGCCUGGCGGACUUCAACUCCGCCAGGCUUAAAGUUGCCAAGGUUGGAGACUCCUGCUCCAGUGCACCCUCGAGGGGGGGGGAAUCCCCCCCACAUCUCCUUCUUGGGGGCCACCAACGUCCCCCCUUGGAUCUGACAAUCCCCGUUUUAGGCGUCCUCCAGACUCCUUUUGCUGUAUAUAGAGAUUUUUAUCACCCGCUGUGUUGGUUGACUUUGCCUGCUGGUCGCUUCUGUUUGUCCCUCGGGGUUUUCGAUUUCUCCAUUGUUGGGGUCGCUUCUCCCUUUUUUCUCCCCUCGUUCCCACGGCCCACCUUUCAUCUCCUUCAUUCCCCUCGUGGAGGUUUGUACGGAUCUGAAAUUUCCAGUUGUAUUUUUUUAAAUUAUUAUAAUUAUCAUUAUUGCACGUGCAAAAAAAAAAAAAAAAAAAAGCCACGCCAGGGACUGGGGGUUGGAUUUGGUGGCAAAUAAAAAGAAGUGGUUCGCCUCUUGAAAA